CUUGCACUAUCUUCUUGUAAAUAAACCGUUUGGAAAAAAUACACCAAGAAACUUGUUUUUGGAAAAUAAUAAGACACGAGACUAGUGGGAUACUUGACUCCGAGGACAAGGAGGUUGACGACAAGUACGCGAGAAUUUUAAAAAGUCUUGCAGUUUUCUAUAUGUGGUUGUGAGCCAAUGAAUAUCUUCAGCGUUGCAUAGCAACAACAAUAAGAUAAAUACAUUAUGCAUUUGCUUCGUGUCAUAUAUUAUUCACUGUCCUGCACGAAGAGCUUUUAACCAAAAAGAGAGAGAGAGAAGAAUGAGAUUGUUUCUUUUAUUUUCUUUCAGUGCUCUCAUGUUACAUGAAGCAUAUGGUUUUACCGAUGAACCUGAUAGGAAAGCAUUGCUCGACUUCAAAUCUCAAGUUUCUGAAGAGAAUCAAGAUGCAUUAUCCUCGUGGAAUAACUCAUCCCCUCUCUGUAAUUGGAAAGGGGUUACAUGCGGCCUCAAAAACAAGAGAGUAACCCGUUUGAACCUUGGAGGAUGCCAGUUAAGGGGAAUGAUAUCACCAUCUAUUGGUAAUAUUUCCUUUCUCAUAUCACUUAAUCUCUCUGAUAACUCUAUUGGUGGAACCAUCCCUUACGAGGUGGGAAACUUGUUUAGACUUAAGUAUUUGAAUAUAAGCUUUAAUUUUCUCGAAGGAGAAAUUCCAGACAAUCUAUUUAACUGCUCUAGAUUGUUGGACCUUGAUUUAUGGCAUAAUCAUCUUGGAGGAGGUGUUCCUUCAGAACUAGAAUCAUUGGAGAAGCUUGAAACUUUAGAUUUUGGUGCAAACAACCUCAGAGGGAAGUUACCUGCAUCUCUAGGAAACUUGACAUCACUCGCGCGAGUUAGUUUUUCAAAGAACAAUUUAGAAGGAAGAAUUCCUGAUGAUCUAGCUAGAUUGACUCAAUUGGUGCAUCUUGGAUUAGGAGAGAACAAAUUCUCAGGCGGUUUUCCUCCUUCCAUCUACAACUUUUCCUCGCUUGAGUACUUGAACAUGUUUGGUAAUGUUUUUUCGGGUAGCCUAAAGCCUGAUUUUGGUAAUCUACUACCAAAACUUCGACUUUUAGAGAUGGGAACUAAUAGUUUCACAGGGCCUAUCCCAACAACACUUUCAAAUAUUUCAAAUCUUCAAGAGUUUUCAAUCGAGCAAAACAAAAUGACAGGAAGUAUUUCUUCGAGCUUUGGAAAACUAAAGAAUUUGAAAACACUAAGACUUCACAAUAAUUCUUUGGGAAGUUACUCCUCUGGAGAUCUUGAAUUUCUUAAGGCUUUGAGUAAUUGUACCCAACUUCAGACAUUACUUGUUAAUAGAAAUAGGCUUGGAGGUGUCUUGCCUACCUCUAUAACGAACCUGUCCACCAACCUCUGGAAAUUAGACCUUGGAACAAAUUUCAUCUUUGGAACCAUUCCUUAUGGCAUUGGGAAUCUCGUAAGCCUACAAAAACUUGUGCUGCGCGAAAACUUGUUGACCGGACCACUGCCAAGUUCCAUUGGAAAGCUUUCUAGAUUGGUGUUCUUAAACCUCACGUCAAAUAGAAUGUCUGGAGAGAUACCUUCUUCAAUAGGCAACAUCACCUGGUUAGAAAAACUCAAUUUGUCUAACAAUAGUUUUGAAGGAACUAUUCCUCCCAGUCUUGGUCAGUGCAAAUACAUAUUAUAUUUCCGUAUUGGGUCUAAUAAGUUGAACGGGACAAUACCUCAGGAGAUUAUGCAAAUUCAGUCCCUUGUUUACCUCGACUUGUCAAAUAAUUCCUUGACAGGCUCUCUUCCCGAGUAUAUUAAACCACUAGAACGUCUUUGCACACUGUCUGUUGCACAUAAUAAAUUAUAUGGGCAUCUCCCUCAAGUCUUGGGAAAUUGUCUCUCAUUGGAGAAUCUUUAUCUACAAGGUAAUUUUUUUUAUGGUGAUAUUCCAAAUAUAAAAGGGUUGAUGGGUGCUAAAAUACUUGAUUUCUCGAACAAUGAUUUCUCUGGAAGUAUACCUGGAUAUUUUGGAAACUUUUCCUUGUUGGAGUAUCUAAAUCUAUCCAUUAACAACUUCGAGGGAGAGGUGCCAACAGAAGGAAAAUUUAGGAAUGCUACUGUUGUUUUAGUAUUUGGAAACAAAUAUCUCUGUGGAGGUAUCAAGGAACUGAAACUAAAUCAAUGUAUCGUGCAAGCACAACCAAGCCAUUCAUCUGGUUCGAAGAAAGUGACCAUUGAGUUAAGCAUAGGCAUAGCUUUGCUUUUGAUGGUGCUCAUCAUGGCGUAUAUUUCUUUAUGUUGGUUCAGAAAAAUAAAGAAUAACCAGCUGAGCAGUAAUUCAACAUCUUCUUCCACACGAGAGGUUGUCCAUGAAAAGAUAAGUUAUGCAUAUCUAAGAAAUGCGACAGAUGGCUUCUCUUCCAGCAAUUUGAUUGGAUCAGGUAGUUUUGGUACGGUGUUUAAGGCAUUUCUUCCAACAGAGAACAAGGUCGUUGCAGUGAAAGUUCUAAACCUUCAGAGACGUGGAGCUAUGAAGAGCUUUCUGACAGAAUGUGAAUCCCUCAAGGACAUAAGGCAUCGUAAUCUUGUGAAACUACUGACGGCUUGUUCGAGUACUGAUCUUCAAGGAAACGAUUUCAGAGCUCUUAUCUAUGAGUUAAUGCCGAACGGAAGCCUAGAUAUGUGGCUGCAUCCAGAGGAAGUGGAAGAGAUUCGUAGACCCUCAAGAACCUUGACCCUCUUUGAAAGGCUCAACAUUGCCGUAGAUGUUAUUUCUGUUUUGGAAUAUCUUCAUGUUUAUUGCCAUGAACCUAUAGCUCAUUGUGAUCUCAAGCCCAGCAACGUCCUCCUAGACAAAGACCUGACUGGCCAUGUUAGCGACUUUGGCAUUGCUCGGCUGCUCAUGAAACUUGAUCAGGAGUCUUUUUUCAACCAUCUAAGCUCGGCCGGCGUCAGGGGAACCAUCGGCUAUGCCCCACCAGAAUAUGGAAUGGGAGGACAACCAUCAAUAUAUGGUGAUGUGUAUAGCUUCGGUGUUCUUCUUUUGGAAAUGUUCACUGGAAAACGACCAACAAAUGAUUUAUUUGGGGGAAACGUUACCCUAAACAGCUACAUCAAGUUGGCGUUGCCAGAGAGGGUGUUGGACAUUGCAGACAAUUCUAUUCUUAAUAGCGGUCUCAGAGCUGGUUUCCCUCUUGAUGAGUGCUUGAUAAUGGUUUUUAAGGUGGGACUUAGGUGUUGUGAAGAAUCUCCGAAGAACCGUUUGGCAACCAGUGAAGCCAGAAAGGAGUUAAUCUUAAUUAGAGAGAGGUUCUUUAUAGGCAGACGUUGAUGUGUUUAAAUCAAUGAGAUAAUGAAAUCCAUUCAUUGUGUUGUGGUUUCUUGUUGUUGAUCUUGGAUUUUUACGGUAUGUUUUCUUUUCCUUCUUUUCUUGAAUAUUACUGUACAUAAUUAUACGUUGGUUGCGUACGUCUUUAAUUUGUAUCCCGACUUUAAAACA